UCAGAUUUGCUGGUGCACCAGCGCCAAUCAGCUGUUAGCCCACCUCUGUUUUACACUCUGUUCGCCACAUGAAACACAGGACUGGAGGUGUUGUUAAUUGCUCUGCAUCUCGCACUCCGAAUUCCGGCGCCGCAGUUUCUGCUCGGAAAGAUGUACUGUGCUCCACGCACCAGGUCAAACAAGGCACGGCGCGUCAGCUACAGCCUCUUUUAAGAUGCGUUUCAUGAAUUCGUUGUCCUAAAUUAUGUUCAAUCACCCUCAUGGAUUAUUUCAACUUGACUUCGCUGAUGGCCGGCAGCACAGCGCCCACUGUCCGCACCCCGGACAGAGACUCCGCGGAUGAGGCACAUCUGGGUCCGGCGGUGUUAAUCCCCGUGCUGGCUGUGCACGGCGCGAUUAUCGCGAUCGGCGUCGUGGGAAACGCCAUUCUGAUCAAAGUGUUUUUCACAGUCCGGACCAUGCAGACGGUGCCCAACAUCUUCAUCGCCAGUCUGGCCGUGGGAGACCUGCUGCUGCUCGUGACCUGUGUGCCCGUGGACGCCACGCGCUAUGUCGCCGAUACCUGGCUGUUCGGCGAGGCCGGCUGCAAGGUCAUCUCUUUCGUCCAGCUAACAUCGGUCGGCGUGUCCGUAUUUACACUGACCGUCCUCAGCGCAGACAGAUACCGGGCGAUUGUCAGGCCCAUGGACCUGCAGUGCUCCAACGCCGUGACGAGAACGUGUGCCAAGGCCGCCUGUAUCUGGGGGGUCUCCAUGCUGCUCGCCGUGCCCGAGGCCGUUUUCUCCGAUCUCUACUCCUUCUCCGUGCCGGGAAGCAACGAGACCUUCGAGACCUGCGCGCCGUACCCCCUGUCGGAGAGGCCUCUGCAGGAGGCGCACUCGCUGCUCUGCUUCCUGGUCUUCUACCUGAUCCCGCUGUGUGUCACCUCUGUCUAUUACUGCCUGAUCGCCAGGACGCUGCUGCGGAGCGCGGGCAACAUGCCGGGCGAGGAGCACGAGCACAUCCGCAAAAAGAUCGAGUCUCGGAGGCGCUUGGCCAAGACGGUUCUGGUGUUUGUGCUGCUGUUUGCCCUCUGCUGGCUCCCCAAUCACAUCCUGUACCUGUACCGCUCCUUCACCUACCACGCCAAAGUGGACACGUCCGCUGGCCACCUGCUGGCCACCUUCCUGUCGCGCGCUCUGGCCUUCAGCUCCUCCUGUGUCAACCCCUUCGCCCUCUACUGGCUCAGCCACUCCUUCCGGGAGCGCUUCAACCGACAGCUGUGCUGCCUCUGCCAGCGCCCUCUCAGCCCGCAGCGCUGCAGCCUGGGGCACAGCACCACCACGGCCACCAGGGGCUCUCUGCCCCACAGUGAGAUUAGCUGCCAGCCGGGAAAUGAAAUGGAGCAAGGCAGCGUGGGUACUAGCCGAGGCUCAGUUAGCCUCGUUUAGGUUUAUAUGUCGAGAUGCAUUGGACACCAGAACUCCCCAGUCACACACCCACUGAGAAACGCACAGGAAGCAGUGUGAUUAGGAGCUGACCUUGCGUAAAAGUCACAGCAGUAUUGUUCAUGCAGUUUCUCGAAAUGCUUUACUGUUUUCGUGCAGUUUCAGAAUACGUGUUCGCACAAUACUGCUUCGGGUCCUGGAAGUGGCCAUCGAGGAGUCUCAAGAGUCUAGGGAAAAUAGUCAGACAUCGAGCUAUCGGGUCAACAUUUGCAGUUCUCCGGAGCUUCAUAGCAAAAAAGGAAAUGCAGCGUUUGCUGAGUGGAAGGGGGUCCGAGACACAUUGAUCAAAGGAAUCCCGUGGUUUACCCUGGUUAAUGGAGGUCUUAUUAAACGAUUAAGGGUAUUCAACAGGUGAGGAAAAGAGGAUAAAAAAGGCAGACAGAGAGAGAUGAGAGAGAGAAAAGGAGGUGGGAAAGACAGGCGUCCCAAGUCUCCCGGAAGUUCCGGGAGUGUCCCUGAAAUCCAUAAUCCAUAAUCUCCUGGAAAUCGCCCCCCCACUCCCAAAUGUUUCUGUUGGCGACACCCCUGAUCUGAAAAAUCAUCAGCGAAUCAUCUGAUUAUAUAAUGUUUGAGCCAUCUGAGAAUCAGCUCAAAAACUGGUAAACGAGCCGCAUCCCUGCACAACGAAAGUUGGCAAAGAAAGUGAAAUUCUUCAACUGGGCUGGAGAGUUAUAGUA